AUGUCGUUUGAAGAUUUCGGAGGAUCACUGAUUGCAAUACAGUUCAACAAAAGCGGUCAGAUCAAUAAAAAGAAAUUAAUUCAAAUAUACUGGAGCUUAUUAAAAUAUCACCAAACCUUAACAUUCAAUGAGUUCAAAGAGAAAAAAAAACUGGAAAAAAAAGCUGCAGAAGACGCUGAAUAUAGAAAGGGUAUCUGUGGUGUUGGGCGAACUGGUGGUUCUGAAGGUACCUAUGGCAAUGGAGGAGCCGGUGGUGGCAAUGGAGGAGUGGGUGGUGGCAAUGGUGGAGCCGGUAGUGAUAAUGGAGGAACUAGUGGUGGCAAAGGAGGUGCAGGUGGUGGCACUGGAGGCGUUGGUGAUGGUAAUGGCGGAGCUGGUGGUGGUAGCGGAGAAAUGGAUGUUGGUUGA